AUGGCUGGUAAGGCAGCGACCGUAUUUAUCAUUGAUGUCGGUUCCACCAUGUGGCAAAAGACGGUGGACAAUACCGGCGCUACUGCUUUAGAUCUCGCCUCAAAAGCUGUACAAAUAAUGAUAGAAACUAAGAUAUUUUCUGAACGUAAAACGGAUAAGACAGCUGUAAUUGCUGUUGGAACAGAUGAUACAGACAAUGAUUUUGCCGAUGACAUUACAUAUGAACACAUUACCGUAAUUAGUGAAAUAGAACAACCAAUGCUUCCGUUACUUCGAACUGUAAGCAAUGAACUUCCUCGUGGCAACGUUUCGGGUGAUUGUUUUUCCGCGAUAGAAGUCGCAAGUGACUUGAUCACGAAACAUUGUAAACAUUUAAAGUAUAUUAAGAAAAUCUAUCUGUUCACAGACGGCGAGUCAAAGAUUGGUACUCGCAAGAAUGAUUCUCUUGUUCAUGAAAUACGUCGUGGAGGGAUUGAGAUAAAAAUUGUUGGCGCGGGAUUCGAUGAUCCUGAUACUGGUUUCAAAGAGCAAGACAAAUCAAUAAUCAAAGCAGCAAAUGAGGAAUUUUUGCGUAAAUUUGCGGAAGAUUGUGAUGGCGAUUUUUUUACAUUAAGUUAUUUCCUAAAUCAACUUGAAUCACCUCAAGUUAAAUCCAUAAGGCUCGUAAAUUUAUACAAAGGAAAAACACUUGUAAUGGGCGACGCAGAAAAUUAUCCCGACUCUUCAUUAUCUAUUCCUAUAGAGAUUUACAGUCGAACCACCAUCGCCAGGCCAAAAACCGCAAGCAAGUGGUCUGUUCUUUCAGAGGUUUCUUCCAUAGAUCCAGCAAUAAAAACACACGAGAAGCAAGCAGAUGAAGCUAAUAGAGUUGAGGUGCCUGCUGAAGAUUUGGAAAAAGCUUAUACUUUUGGGAGAACGAUAGUGCCACUGAUUUCUUAUGAUCAAGACUUGUUGCAUUUAACAACGACUGCGUCUAUGGAUAUACUGGGUUUCAUUAGAACUGAAGAUUUCAGACGUGAAUACAUUUUAUCGAAUGUUCUUGUCAUAUUACCACCACAAAGUGAUUUAGAUGCAUCACUCCGUGUCUCGGCUCUGAUACAAGGAUUGUAUGUAAAAAAUGCAUAUGGCUUGGUUCGUUAUAUCAGCCGAGCAAACGCCGAUCCAAAAGUGGGAAUAAUUGUGCCGUAUUUCAAACCACCCCGUGAAUGCUUAUAUUUUGCAAAGCUUCCGUUUAAAGAAGAUUAUCGGGCUUGUGUUUUUCCUUCUUUGAGUAACAUCAAAGACAAGAAUGGUAAAAUACUAGAGCAACACAAAAACUUGCCUACCAAAGAAAUGCUGGAUAAAAUGGGUGAAUAUAUUGCGGGAAUGGAUUUAAUGGAGGCCGCUGUGGACGAAGAUGGGAAUCCAAAGGAGCAUUUAAAAGUCAAAGAGACAUUUAAUCCUUUAUUAUACCGAAUCACAAAAGAGACUGCACAUCGAGCUUUGCGUCCAAAUGAGCCUCUAGCUCCCUUAAACGAAAGGUUCUUAUAUCAAACAAAAAUUUUACCGUCUCUUGAAGAAAAGAAUCGAAAAGUUGUUGGAGAGUUAAAUGAAUUAUUGCAAAUUAAGAAAGUCCCUCCAAAAGCUAAACGACGACGUGCUGAAGUUUCCAGAAAAGGUGUAGGCGAGAUCGAUGUUGAAGACAUACUUGGAAGUAAGGACGAGGAUGAGGUUAUGGAAGAUGUAGUCACGAAAAAACUUAAGUCUGCUUCUGAUUGGAGCUUUGAACAUGAUGUUUCUUUAGAAGAUGUUGACGUACGAAAGAUUGGCAUCGUCGAUCCUAUCGGUGAUUUCAACAAGAUGAUCGAAAAUCAUAAAGAGGAUUUAGUUACCAUGGCCGUCGAACAAAUGUGUGGCAUUAUCAAGAAGCUGGUAACACCUUCGAAUGGUGAAAAGGCCGAUAAUGAAAAAGCAUUGCAAUGUUUGAAGACUCUGCGAGGUGUUGCUACAAGAGAAAAUGAAGCACAAAAAUUCAAUGAUUUUUUACGCGAAUUGUACAAGGAAAGUCCUAAAGAACAAUCAAAGACCAUGGAUUUCUUGGGAGCGGUAGCAAAUGCCAAUAUUACCCUAAUAAGUUCCGAUGAAGCAUCAGACAGUAAUUUUUCAAAAUAUGAAGCAGAUCAGUUCUUGCAUGCUAUCAAUGAUAUGUCUUUUGUUAUUCUAGAACCUGAAGAUGGUCGAGAACAUAAAUCUAAAAAGAUAUCCUCGGGUGAUGAUUUGUGGGAUGAGCUUAUGUCGUGA